AUGGGCAUGCAGGAAGCUAUCCGCGAAUCACCCUCUGCGCGAGACAACAAUCCGGCUACUCAGUUUACGGAUCUAAAGGCUGAGGAACUCGAUCCUCAUGUACAGACAUGCCAAAAUCGCGUCAACAUCGACGAUCGAAUCAACGACAUGACAAUGCAAGCCGCCAUAGAGCUGCCAAUUGUUCACGACUCAGAGGGCGACACGUUGAUCUACAUCGACGCUCCACAGAGACAGCCAGAACAGGACGAGCAUGACUACCAGCGCUACAUCAAGCGCUAUGAAGACCCCAUUCUCUUACAGAAGGACACUCUAACCAAGUAUUCACCCGGUCUUGCAAAGCUCUUCGGCCCUACCCAGCAAUUCCGAUUUCUUCGGCGUCGCAAGCUAGCCAAUAAGCUACCGAGCAACGUCAAAUAUGUGAUUGACUUGACACCACCCAGUGAGGGCGAAGAUGCCGUCUUUCUGACCACUGAACUGUGCUGUUCCGAGGGGGUCAGACUUUGGUAUCAGUCGAAUCAGAUUUGGAACGUGUCGAAGACUUUGGUAAAAGGCGAAGAAGAAUACUCUUCUGUCUCACCAAAAGCAAAGCUGGAUGGACUCAACACGAUUCCAGCAGGCUCUGAAGGCACGAGCUUGAAAGUUACCCCUCCAACUGUCAUGCCAUUGGAAUACAGCCCUGUGCGACAUCGCUCCGCUAUCGAGCGUGUACUCUCCGCCUUGCAAGGAACGGAUCCGAUGCUUGACUCCGCAACCAAAGUAUGGACUACGUUUGCUGUCGCAAAGAAUCUCGACAUUAUCCACAGUCCACUAGAGGACUAUAUUAUCCGUUGGUUGCGUGCGUAUCCUAAUUCGUACUUCUUGGAGGUUUUGCCUGAAGUCAGUCACCAAAUCGCUGACGGUCUUCAAAACUACGACCUUGCUCGCGACUCCUUCGCUAUUCUGGUUGGGGAAGAAGCACUGGAUAACCUUCGUCAAACAAGAGAGCCUCGGAUGCACAAGCGCACCACAUUUGGGCGGAAAAAGGAAGAGCUGCCGGAGCAUAUUCACACUCGCGUCGAAUACGCCAGCAAGAGCUUCCUUGAGCGUAUUAAUCGUGGUUUCGCGAAUUUCGUUUUCAACGACAUGCAAUGGAUUGACGAGCUGCCAGAAGUGCGCAGACUUUCUGCAUAUACACAGCCAGAGCUUCAAGACACAGUCAAAGAAAUGAAGGAUCUCCUCAAGGACUACGUCCGCGGGACAGUUUACAAAUUACUGUGUGUCGAAUACGACACUCUUCCCGGACCCGUUCUCCACCGGGAGGGAGGGCAUGAACUGCUGCCGCGACUGGACCGUGCCGCUGUAUGGGCCAAUAUGCCGCUAGGCGAGCGUAUCCUGUCAAGAACCUAUUGGGAGGCCUUAAGAUCAUUCGCUAUGUUUCAGGGAGCGACAAACCUUGAUAUUCGAAAAGGCUGGCUCAUAAAGGGUGGUCUUGACCGAUUGAGUCAUAUCGAAAGGCGCGAAUUGGAUCGAGGCACUUAUCGUGAGAUCAAGGACUCAGAGCUUAGAAAACUCAUGCGCAACGGUCAAACUCACCUUGAUCAAGCGUAUAUUCCGGACCGCUCGGACCACACUCUCCACCUUGCUCAGCCAGAGUUGGAUGCCCAUUUUUUGUCAAGGCGCUUACAUACACUGCCAGAUCGUACCAUCAGUGGGGCGCAGGACCAAAAACAGUCUCAGGACUUGUUGUUCGCACUCCCCCCAGACCACAAUCUUUACAAUGCUCAACAAGAGUUGAAUGUCAGACCUUUGCAGAAACGAUCAUACGCAUUGCCAGAUCGUACCCUUGAUGGCGCGCAAGAAGCUGCUACUAACAGCAAAGCAUUUUUCUCAAUACCAGCUCAACCUAUCGAUGUCCCGAAAGCAUUAAAGCGAACGCAUUUUUUCCACGAUACUCUGUCGCCUCCAGAUGAAAAGCAAUCUGAAACCGAUGUUCGUACGAAAUGGCCUUUUGGGGCAGCAAGGGAUGACCCUGUAGCUCAAGUGCAGAAGAGCGUAGAUGACCUUCAUUUUUCUUCAGGACCAUUGGAUAGAUGGCCGGCUACUGACAACGCAUUGGAAGAGCCGGCGGGCCAAGGACGUCAAAAUGAAGGAAUUUCGACAGGAAUCGACCCCUGGCGUGGCUACAGUGAUCCCUCGAGUCACAGUGAUCACUUAGCACCCAAGAGAGACCUAGCGCCCCAGAAAGCAGAGGGUGAACGAAAAAUAAUUCCAGCAGAUCGCAAGUCAUGGCGCGCUGAUUACUUGAACGAAGUAGUCCCGCAAUGUUUGGCGCCCAGGGCGGCUACAACAAAACCCGAUAUCUGGGAUGAAUACAACAGUUCGGAUGCAGAUGACGGAGUCCAGCAGCAAUUUGUUGACUUGAAGCCCAAGAAAACUUACUCCGGCAACCCAACAAAGUUCUUCGAUCUUGGAGGAUUUUUCAUCCAAGCUCAAAACUAUAUUGAUAUAUUUGCUAGUAACAAGCUACGUUCCUCAGAUCCCGGAUGUCUGAAAGAAUCCCUGGAUCUUGGCAUCGUCAAUACGCUCGUCUGCCUUGAAGAGACUGAAUGGAAGUACCUCCCACUCUGGGCUGGUGGCAACGAUGAUGGAUCGAUGGGAGUGUACAACGAUGACCUUCCUACUGCGGAGCAUGGUUUCACCACUCCUGGCCCCAACGUCCAUGACGGCUCGACCCCUGCUAACAGCGUCAAAACGCCAAGCGAGUUCGAGUUGCUUAGUGCUGGAGACAGUGCCAGUACCUUCAACACAUCUACAGCGACCAACCGUGGAUUUUCUGAUGCGAUCCGUCGAGGUCGAGUCCACGCCGCCGACUCUGCGGAUGAUUCUAUGAGUGAUAGCUUCACUAUGGUGACUCUAUCAGUUGAUGUUGAUGAUGAAGAGACGUUUGCGCGGAAGCAGAUAGAGGCUCAAGAACGUAUCGAGGAAGCUGAAGAGGCGGCUGCCAUUGAGGGUCGUUGGGUCGCGAAAGGAAAAGGGAAUAUGGUGGAGGAAGAUGAAAGCUACGCUGAUCUCUUCAGCGGUGAAGAGGAUGAUGAUGGCAAUGAUACUGACCGUGCAGAAGUCAACGACGAAGAUGAAGAUGAGGAGGACAUGGUUAUGAUUUGA